UCUCUCUCUCUCUCUCUCUCUCUCUCUCUCUCUCUCACACACACACACACACACACACACACACUCACUCACUCACUCACUCACUCACUCACUCAUUCACACACUCCUUUUUCCCAGGGAGAGGAGAACCAAGCGGCUGGAGAAAAAUCCUUCUACAUCCAAGGCAAUUCAAGGCCUCUGGCAUCUUCCCAAGCAUUGAGAACCUGACAACACAUUUGUAUAAUUCCAUUAUUUUUCUCCUUCCCUUUCCCUCCUCUUUCUGCGGUGGGAUAGAGAUGUAAUUUUAAUACAUGUAAAUGCAAUCCAUGAUUGCCUCCAGUUCUCUGAGAGAUAGCAAAAGAAUUCUUGAAUUCUAACAGGAAGUCUUAUUUUUUUUUUGUAUGCAUGUGUGCUUGAAACUUUUUCUCCCAUUUUUUCUGAAAAGAGUUACUGCAAAGAACCUCCCUCCCUCCCCUCCUUUCCUCUUGUUAGUUUGGGAGAAGGAAGCAUGGAACUGAAUGGGAGGUGGAAAUGUAUCUAAAAUACUAUCUAAUACCAGGGAGCCUACUUCUAUAAAGAAUUUUACUCUUCAGAAGGCAGAACUGUUUGGAUUCUAUUAUUUUUGUAAAAGUAAAAAUACAUUUUUUUAAAUUUUUUAAAAAAAUAUUUGUUUGGAUUUGUGAAUCUAUCUUGAUCGUGAAGCAUAAUUCAGGCUAACUUGCUAGCCUAAUUUUCAAGGGAUGCCUUUGGAAUAGAAGAAUGGAGAUGUGAAUAUUAUCCUUUGGAUGUUUUUUUCAAAACUUUCAGCAAGACCUUCUGUGACCAACCUGGUCUAUUUGGUGGAUUCCCCAGCUGCUUUUGGAUUCCCUAAAUACCUCUCCACCAGGGAUCAAGGGGGUGGGGGAGUGAAAGCAAGCAAGAGCAGCACAAAAAACAGAAAACAACCAGUCAACUUCUCCUCAGCUCUGUGAAUUAAGUAUCACUAUAGAAUUUUGCUCUUUCAUCAUCAAACUUCUGUUCUGAUUCCCUCCUUCCCAUUCCACACUAGAUCCCAACCCCUCUUUCCCCUUGUUCUGCUUGGAGAAGAUGUACGAAAGUGUGGAGGUAGCUGGUUUAAACAGCAGCCCUAAUUCCUUCUUCAUGAUGGAUUUUUACAACCAGAACCGUGCAUGCUUGAUCCAGGACAAAGGAGCUGUGAACCCCAAUCCCUACAGCACCCCUGUUCGUAACCAGCACUGGAACAGUUCCAAUCACUCCAUUGAAACACAAAGUACCAGCUCAGAAGAAAUUGUACCCAGUCCUCCUUCACCACCCCCACUGCCCCGAAUCUACAAACCCUGCUUUGUGUGUCAGGAUAAGUCAUCCGGCUACCACUAUGGUGUUAGUGCCUGUGAAGGAUGCAAGGGCUUUUUCCGUCGUAGUAUCCAGAAGAACAUGGUAUAUACCUGUCACCGGGACAAGAACUGUAUCAUCAACAAAGUGACCCGGAACCGCUGUCAGUACUGCCGCCUACAGAAGUGCUUUGAAGUUGGCAUGUCCAAAGAAUCUGUCCGGAAUGAUAGGAACAAGAAGAAAAAAGAUGCUCCAAAGCAGGAAUGUUCAGAGAGCUACAUCAUUACACCUGAGGUGGAAGAUCUCAUCGAGAAAGUGCGCAAGGCUCACCAGGAGACCUUCCCUGCCCUCUGCCAGUUGGGCAAAUACACCACCAACAACAGUUCAGAUCAGCGGAUAUCUCUUGACAUUGAUCUGUGGGACAAAUUCAGUGAAUUGUCCACAAAGUGCAUCAUCAAGACAGUUGAAUUUGCCAAGCAGCUGCCAGGCUUCACCACACUCACAAUUGCUGACCAGAUUACACUCCUCAAAGCGGCCUGCCUCGACAUCUUGAUCCUUCGGAUAUGCACACGCUACACACCAGAGCAGGACACCAUGACCUUUUCUGAUGGCCUGACCCUCAACCGCACUCAGAUGCAUAAUGCAGGCUUUGGACCCCUCACAGACCUGGUCUUUGCCUUUGCCAACCAGCUGCUGCCACUUGAGAUGGAUGAUGCUGAAACCGGACUCCUCAGCGCCAUCUGCCUCAUAUGCGGAGACCGACAAGAUCUGGAACAACCAGACCGAGUGGAUCAAUUGCAAGAACCUCUGUUGGAAGCCCUGAAAAUCUAUGUGAGAAAGAGGAGACCUAGCAAACCCCAUAUGUUCCCCAAAAUGCUGAUGAAGAUUACAGAUCUACGGAGCAUCAGUGCAAAAGGUGCUGAAAGAGUGAUAACUUUGAAAAUGGAAAUUCCUGGAUCAAUGCCACCCCUCAUCCAGGAAAUGCUGGAGAACUCUGAAGGCAUGGAUUCUUUGGGGGGCUCAACAGGAGCUCCUUCCCGUAUCAGUAGCUUAGCUCCACCUCCAGGCAGCUGCAGCCCUAGCCUCUCGCCCAGCUCCAACAGAAGCAGUCCUGCCACACAUUCACCGUGACCAUGCUGGACCCCUGAACUAGUUGCUUGAUCCCCCCUUCUGCGCACAUCGGUCUUUUGCUUCCUGGGUCUGCCUGGACACACGUCUCAGGAGGAGCAGAGGUGGGGUGAAGGCGUAGCAGUGGGACUGACUGUUGCUGCAGGCAUUCUUCUCCUCCCUCUCUGUACCACAUCAGUCCUGCCCAGACCCAAGAGGGAAGGCUUCUUAUGUUCUCCUAUACCAGCACACUAUUUCUCACUUAGCUGUUCAAACAAAACAGGGUUCCGUGUGCAAGGAAGGGCCCUGUUCUCAUGGAGGGAAGGCACAGACUUUCUCUGAAGGCAGAUCAGCAAGUAGAUCUGAAGGACGGCUGCUCAAAAUUAGGAGCAAGAUUUUUUUUUCAAAAGAAACUAGUUACAGAAAAAAAAACCUUCUCUGUGGCACGUAUCCCUCCCCCACUCUCUUCUUCAGUCUUGUCAUGCACACAUACAUGCCUCCACAAAAGUGUUGCUUGCUUCUUGUUGCAGUGAAAAUGAAGUAGUGGGGGUUUUUUUUCCCAGUUGAGUUUGCAUUUCAGAUAUUUCGGGGAAAGGGUAUAAUGUUUUUUUAAAAAAUUGCUCAAACCUUCUCUUCAUCCUCAAUUUGGCCGUGCAAUCUUACCUUUGUCUCUUUUCUUGCCGCCUCCUACUUGUCCACUCACAUAUGCCUAAAAAUGUCACCAGCAAUUUUUUUAAAAAAAGAAACAUUAGUUCUUCAGUUUCUUUUUUUAAAGUACAGUAAAACAUGGAGGGAAGGAUUCAUUUAAGAAAGAAUAACUAUUAUAUAUACAAAUAUCUAUGAAUAUAUAUAAAUACAUUUGAAAAAAAAAACUUUGUACAAGUUUGGAAUUUGAAGGGUUUCUAAAAAAAGAGGGUGGCAAAGAAAAGGCCAGAAAAACCAAACCAAAUCAUGGAGAUUCAUGUGUGGAGUUGGUCAUGCUUCUCAUUAUAGAUUCAAAACUGUUAUGUAGCCAAGUACUUGAAUUUGGUAACCACUCUUCUACGAACACUAUGCCAGGAAUGACUGAGAAAUCUGGCUUAUUGGUAAGUAAUCACGAGUUCUAAUGAAUUCUGGUCAGCUUAAAUAGCCAGAAAUGCCCAGUGGCAAAGAGGUUAUCACUGCAUUCAAAACAAUUCUUGGCUGAUCUCUUGUUUAAGAAUACAGAGUCUGCAGAGCAAGGCAUAUUUAAAAAGAAAAUCCACAAGCCACUGCUCUAAUUUGCUUUGGUCCUAUUUUCAGAGAGAGCUAACUGAAAGCAAUAGGACAACAUUCCUUGCUGCCAGAAUUUCCUGGAGUGUGUUUUAAGUUUCAGUGUUUCCUGCAACUGUGGCUAGUAUGAGUUAAAGAUACUUAAUUUUGGCUAGUCAUGUACUUAAUGGCUGCUUUUAUUUGCAAUAUAUCUUGUUUGGAUCACAUGGAUACAAAGCUAAAAUCUCACCAUUCUCUUUUUUAUUUCUAUUUUGGCAAAUGAAAAAUUGAGAAAUGAGGGGGUUCUGAACAUUGUGAUAAAAGUAUUGUUUUGAGCAAAAUGCUUUGUUUUCUAAAGGUGUGUGUCAGUGUGUGUGUGUGUGUGAGUGUGUCAAAAACACCUACGUUGUUACUUGUUCUUACUAACAAAAAGCCAAUUUCUCCCUCUCACUCAACUCCUGAUUCUUAUUAUAAAAUACUUUUGAAAGAGCAACUUUAAUUUUGUAAGGCACAGAAUUUUAUCAGGGGAAACAUACUUACUUUUUUUCUUCAGUCCACUGACCUUUGUUCACUUCAUUGGUUUCUAAGUUGAAUAAUUUGUAUCCUCUUUUGGAAGAGAAAGAUUAAGGGCCGGGGUCUAAAGAGUUAACGUUGGAAGCUUUGUGGUGGGUGAAGGGUCUCUUUUCUAUAAUGAUUCACAUAAUCUGAAUUGCCGCAUCACCAACUUGUUGUGUCUUGUGAUCAAAAGGCUUGGGGAAAGAUUGCUUUUGAAAGAGAAUAAGGCAGAUAGACAAUCACUGUAGUCCUUGAACAUAAUAGGACUAGCUUUUGAGUUCCAUCCAUAACAUGAUACCACUAGAUUUCAUCCCUUUGCCUAUUUAUCUGGAAAUAAGGGUUGUUUUCCAACUGUACAAUCCUACUUGUGUUUAUGUAGAAGUAAAUCAAAGUGAUGAGCAGGGGGUUGGACUAGAUGACCUCCAAGGUCCCUUCCAACUCUGUUACUGUUGUUAUAGGCUUCAUUCCAAAGCCGUAGAAAUAGGAAUGAGGUCCUUCAAACUCCCGCCCCAUUAGGUUCAAAACAACUGCCUUGGGUGGAUUCCUGAUUUAUCUAUAGGGAACACACCAUGUUUCAAAGAUGUAGCCAGCUCCGAAUCUCUUUAGGGCAGUCUGAGGAGAUUAUCAGUAUGGUUUAUUCUAGGGUUUGGGGUUUUUUUUUUGUGUGUUGAGAUUUGAUUGUCUUAGAAUAUGUGAUAUGACAUUUAAACAGAAUUGUGGAGGGUGGGAGUAGCAACAAGAUUUUUAUUCUCAAAAAAGCCCCUCCCUCAGGUUGCAAGGCAUGUGCUUCACACUUCUCAGAUAUGUAUAUAAAGUUGUUAUUUCAUAUAAAAAGAUCCUGGUGAGUUUAAAUCCUCCCAUAAUUGUUGAAUUGGGUGGGGAUGGACUUGUGAGAUGUCUUAUGUGUGCCCCUUAAAAGAAAUGACUGUCUGGUGUAAAUGAAUUACCUUAUUCUCAGCUCUAUUGCAUUAAGUGAUCAGCAAUUUAUUGAAGGGUUAAAUCAGCAGGGAUUAGCCAUGGUAAGUCAAUGGACCUUUGCUAUGGUAAGGUAAUAUACUUUUAAAUAUUAGAUGCCAAGCAGUAACAAUAAAGGAAACCUGUGUUUGUUACAAUUAUAUAUUGAAAUUUCAGAAAUAUUUGGCUGGUUGUUCUGGAAAUAGAACUAGACUGAUGAUAAGGUGAAUCCACAUCUUAGUUCUUAUUACACCAAUGUGCAACAAACUUGCACAUAGCAAAGGAUAGCAUCUCUAAGGGGACUAAGGUGGAAUUUGAUGGCACAAUGAGCUUUAUUUAGUUUAGAAAUCUGUUACUAAAUGAACUACAAUUACCCAAUUGUAUUGUCUGAAAGGUGCUUUUUCAAGAGGCAAAUGGACUUUCUGUUUUUUCUUUGAAAAUGUUUUGCUUCUCAUUCAAUAAGUUUCUUCAGCUGAAGAAACUUCUUGGAUGAGAAGCGAAACAUCUUCAAAGAAAAAACAAAGUCCAGUUGCCUCUUGAAAAAGCACCUUUGGGACAACCAUGACUUGGAUGACUGAGAAUUUCCAUAGUCAUUUACCCAAUUGUAUGUUUUUGACAGCAAAGGCAGAAAUACUCUGCAUGACAAUUCAGUGCUGUCCAAUCAAAGUGGAGAAACAUGAUCAUAUUUAACAUAUCAUUAAUGUAUGGAUUAGUUACAAAAACCAGAUGAGUUUGUCAAUAUUGUUGCAGUCUGGGAUUAAUAAAUAGGUUUACAAGUAAGUAAUUAGUAUACUCUUUCCAAAUCAUCUGCCUGACCUAUGUUAAGAAAUCACAAAAUAUUGGACUAGAAAGAUUGUGCUUCAUCAGAACAAGACAAUUCUUAUCAGAUUUUCUCCUAUUUAGAGUUGUGUGAAAUCCUUUAGUUCAUCUUGGAGCAUUCUAAUAGGAAACCAACAGCUUUUAACAUUGUCAUUCUUCUGAGCAUCUCUUUGAUGAACCUGAAAUUGAAAUGUAAGGAGGAUGAAGAAGUUUAGGUUCAUAAACCCCGUUUCCUCAAGCUGCUGACCUCCAGUUAUGUUGGACCGUAAUCUUCCAACAUGGGCAUUCUUCUAGCAUUUCAAAAACACUUGAGAGAAAAAUCAGUUUUCCUCAUGCUUUUUUUUUUUUUAGAGAACAUGACAUUUGAGAAAACGUGGAAGGUAAUCUUUUAAGUAGCAAAAUGCACUGUUUGUGGUUGGGACAUCUGACUCCCAAGGCACCUAACGAAGCAGGAGGGUGCUCUUGAAUAUUUUAUAAAACUCAACUCCAGUAGAGGAGAAAUGAUGGUGCAGCAGCUUUAUUCCAAUACUCCACCAGAACUUUUUAAGAAUGAUUCAGGCAGAAAUUCUGCAAGAUAAAUUUUCUCUGGUGUGAAGAGAAUAAAAUGGAAGAAAAAAUAACAGAAAUGUCCAUUUUAUAAUUGCUAUUAGUUUCCUGGAUACUCCAAAAUUGUGACUGGAAAAGUAAAGUAAAAUACUGAUUUAGAUAUACCACUUCACAUUGUUUCACACUCAGAAAAUAUACCAUAUUUGUUUGACCAUUGACAUUUCUCAAAUGAUGAGAUUACGUUUGUUUUCUUCUGUUACAGGCAGUGGCAUUUUCUUUUCCUUCCAUUGGUGUUUCUCAUAAAACCUUUUAAAGAUUGGAGGUUGACAAUCAGAAUAGUGUUUUGUUGCACAGAGCCAUGACAGCAAUCCUAAUAUGGAUCAGUUGUCAAGUGGGACAAGUCACCUCUUGUGUUUCUGUGCUUUUACAUUUGUUUGCUCAUGGCUACCCCGAGGCAGGCAGAUUUGAUGGAGCAGGCCUACUGGGCUGCACCCCUUUAAUGUAAGGAUGAGCAAUCUCUUUUUGUUAGGAUCUUGCUUAUCAUCUAUUAAUGUUGAUUCAGAAGAAUCACAGGGUUUAAAGUAAUCCAGUCAUAUGAUUCAAGUAGAUGGAGUUGGAAAUUUUGUCCCUUUCUAUUUUUUUUUUUUUUUUUUUUGGUGGUGGGAUUUAUGAAUCCAUUUAGACUUUUCUGAGGUUUUUCACCUCUUAUCGGUUGUACAGUAUGAUGGGGUGGGCAUGCUUAGUGACCUAAGUGAUAUAGAGGUUACUCAACUUUGCUUUAAUGAUGCCAGCAGCUAGAACCAAGUUCAGGAAGAGAUGGAGUUCAGCAAUCCACCUGUUCAGCAGUGGACAUGGAAAUGGGGCUAGGGGUAUUUUAUUAUUUAAUCAAGAUGGAAUAAUUUCAGCUCUGGAGACGAAGUUCAGCUCUUCCUUUAAAAACUGCAAUUCUUAGCACUGGCAAGCAUACGUUGUAAGAGUUGGUAAAAAAAAUGAAAUAAGGUGUCAACACCUCUUUUCAGUGGGGGUGACAAAUAUGGAGCCUAUCUGGGUACAUGGUGGGGAAGGAAAGAAUUAUUUCUACAUUGUGCUGCAGUAUGAUAGUAAGUAUAGCAAAUACUUGUGUCAACAGAUUUCAUCCGAUUUCAGUCUGUAUAAGUCUGUAUAAGUGCUUUUGGUUUGAACUGUUCUAAAGCCAAGCUUAGCUGAAAUUCAGUUACACUGUACUGAAAUCUUUGUUUCUGAAGACUCAGAGGUAUAUUUGGUACACAGUAGUGUAACAUGGCUAUAGUUGCCACUCAUUAAUCAAGCUUCUUUGCCAAAUGCUGUGAGAAGGUAAAUUACCAAGUAUGCAAUAUCUCAUUUAUGCACAAUGCUCCUUCCCUCAAUAUAGGACCACAGGUAAACAAGUUUAACAUUGAGACUACAAAUGUAUCAGAAUUCAGCUAGAGUGUAUUAGUGUGUCUUGAUUAAGCCUAUUCCACAAAAACAAUUUUCUGCAAAAUCAAUUUAAAAAUUGGUACCUUGGUCGCUAUUUCUGUUAUUUCAAAAUGUCAUUGCCUUGGUCCAAACGGAUCCUAUUCUGUAGCAUCCUCCCUCUCUCUGGGCAAAGGGAAAGAUGGUGGGGUGGGGAAAACAACAGACUGACAAAUGCUGAUUUCCUGUUGAAGGUCAGGGUGAAACAGUCAAUGGCACCCCUGCUGCUUCACCAGACUAGUAAGGAAAAUGCAAAGCUGUCAGGCCAGCAUUUCCCUUUCAGGACCUGAAGCUUGAGCUUUUCCAGCUGAAAAGAACUUCAAAGUAGGUUCUUUUGCGCUGUGGCUGAGCCAAAUGUACAUCAUCUCUGCAGGCCUAAAGAAGACAAUAGUAUGGGAUUACUAUACACAAAUGUGGAAUCAAUCCAAGAAUGAUGAGAACACCCCUUGUGUAAGUCACAAAAUGAUGAACAGUAGCCAAAGAUGGGGAGGGCUUUAAAAUCAAAGAAAUGUAAAGAGAAUUAUGAGAAUGGUUGUGAUAAACUGCCUCUGAAAUAAGAGUAAACUGAAGAUUUGAACUGGAGAAUAACUCUCUGAUGAGGGAAUGUGAUGAGCCUUACAUCUGCCUUAGAAAGAAUGGUAUUUGAAUUCUUUAUCUUUGGAAGCCUGGACCCAGUAUUUUACCAAGCUAAUGGAAGACAGAGCUAUCAGACUUCCAGACUAUCAGAAGCAGAUGAGAUACACAAGCCUUUUGGCAACAUCAAAGUCAGUCUGAAUUUUCAAAAAUGGAAUUAUUCAGAAGCCACUUUUAAAUAAUCUGAAGGAUUGAUAGUUGCACCACCAGCUUUCUUCUUAUACAUUGUGCAGCAUUCAGUUGUGCAAAUAGGGACAGCAAAUAUUUCCCAGCAGUUUAGCAGGAGAAAAGAAUGGCCAGAAAAACUCUUGGAGAAAAAUCAUCUGAAGAGCUGCAGCUGAUCCAUUGUGGAUGACUGAAAAAAAAUACUUCCUGCGAAGUAAACAGACUUUAGGAGGAAUACAAGGUAGGCAGGUUCCAGGGAGUGAGCUCACUGAAUGAAUGAACAGGGAUUAAAUAGAUAUUUUUCCAAAGAAAUCUCCUUCGAAGUCAAGCACUGUACUGCACUAACCUGAGAGCCUCAGAAGGAACAAGAAAUAAAAGCUGGUUGUUAGUGAUGCUUUAGUAACCAAAAACGCAAAAAAACAAAAACAAAAAAAAACAAGUACUCUACACUCAUGAUCUGCAAUGUGUACAGCAUGCUAUUCUUGCCCCCAACCGAUUGGCAUAUGGUUUCAUGAAAUGUAAGCUUGUAGCAGGCCAGAGGAAUGGAGAGUCAAAGGUUUGGAGCAAUGGUCAGCCAUAAUUCAGCCAAUAAGACAGUAGGUUAAAAAGUUUCCAAGUCAGUUUCAAUGCUUAGUGACUUAAUGGAACAAUCCAUCAAGUUUUCUUGACAACCGAAUAAAAGUGAUGUGCCAUUAUCUUCCAAUAUAUUUUUUUCAACUUUCCAAACUAGACCUAUUACAGGUAGUUCUCGACUUGCAAUCCAAUUGGGAUCAGAAUUUCAGUUACUAAGCAAGGUGGUUGUUAAGUGAAUUGCCCCCAAUUGUACAACCUUUUUUGCCACCAUGGUUAAGUGAAUCUGUGCAAUCAUGAAGCGAAUCACACUUGCUCAGUGAAUCCUAAUUCCCCCAUUGACUUUGCUUGUCAGAAGCGACUUGGGAAUGUUGCAAAUGGCAACCACAUGAGCCCAGGAUGCUGCAAUUGUCAUAAAUACAUGCCAGAUACCAAGCACCUGAAUGUUGAUAACGUAAACGUGGGGAUGCUGCAAACCAGUUCAGUGCCAUUGUACUUUGAAAGGUAGCUAAACAAAUAGUUAUGAGUCGAGGACUACCUGUAUUUGAAUUAUUGGAUAUGCAAAUUGUGUUGGUAAGAACCAUUUACUUCUGGAGUUAUGAGAGUUAUUUAAAUGAUGGGCUGCUGGCAUGAGUUGUUCCUCAUAAGACCUGGUUAAAAAUGUGUUGGCCAAAGCAUGCUGAGCUGAAUAGAAGGGCUUUUAAUUGAAUCCAGUGAGAGAUUGAAAUGAAAACCCUGAAGUGGGAAUCUCAAAAGACUUGCCUUCUAUAGGAAGAGUUGGGAGCCUAAAACUUGUGAAAAAAGUAUUACUGCUGGUGUUUUGUCAAGGAAUUGCAGAUAAUUCUUUUCAAAAGCACAAAUUUCAGGUUUCUUAAAUAAUGGGGAAUGUUAAUUCCACCAAAACCUACUGGGAAAGAAGUAAAUUCUUAACUUGUGUCACUUACAAAUUCUCCUUCAGAAGAUGGAAGAAGUCUUAAAAGCGUUUACUCUGACUUGAUACCAACUAAUAAAGAUAGUUGAGGAAGUAGAAAUAUUGGAAAGUGGGUAUGGGAUAAUGAUAAUGUAACCAUGGAAUCCUUGGUUUUCAGUCAGUUAAAUAUAUUCAAAUUCAUAUCUUGGAUUUCAGGCCAUCUGGUUUUAAUAAAUUUAGUAAAAAUUAGAAUUCCAUAGCAGGGAGAGCAAAUGGAAAAGGAACUCUAAUUUACUCUGAAUUCCUACAAAAGGAAACACUAAAAGAAAAUUACAAAUUACAAAGAAAUAGGACAGUAGAAGAAACCAGUGCUGCUACACAAAACUUGCAGAGAUUUGAAACAAGCGAAAGGAAAUGUAUAGAAGAUGGAAAACUGAACAUGUCACCAAGAAAGAAGAACUGUAGAGAUGGGAUCAAGAAAGCUGAAGCUCGGUGUGAGUUUAGCUCAGUGAGGAAUAUUUCAAACAUCACAAAGGUCAUCCUUAGAUGUCUUCAAAAUAGAGAAAAAAGAAUCCACAUGCUGGUUGCUAAAUGAAAUUAACAAAUACAGAGAUGCUCAUCUAUUUUGGCUCAGGCUUCUCCAACAAGACGUAGUUGUGAGAAGCAAGACAAAGAGGCAGGUGAAGCACGAGGUUAAAUAAAAUAAUUUUAACAACAACAGCUCAGUAUAUCUGUUUAUUUCAAACAAGUUUAAAUUUCAGGCACAGAUGAAUUAUUGAGUUAUUGGGAAGUCUUGCUGAUGUCUGAUGAACCCUCCAUAGAUGGCGUUUGAGAAAUCCUGGAGAUCUGUUGAAACGUUAAUGACUAAAGAAAGUAGUUAUCAAAAUUUGUAGAUAGCACACAAAAUAUUGGGAUAAAGCAGAAAUGGCAUUCAAAAUGGGAUGUGCAGGACUUUUGAGUCCUAAAGGCUUCAGGGAGGGAGUGGCCAUGCUUGUUGUACCUGUUGGUGUCUGCUUAAAGAAGCCACGCCUUUUUGUGGACUUGUAUUCUUAACUAUGAACCCCAUGAAAACUUUUUCCUAAAUAAAAAAAAAUAAGAAAACAA